AUGGAGAGGGGUGGAGGACGGCGUGGUGAGGGGGAGGCGGGGACGAGCUCUCAGUCGCCCCCAGCGAGGUUGUUCCCGCUGGCGGCCCAGCCGGAGGUCAUGCGGGCGGCCGAGAAGGACGAGCAGUAUGCCUCCUUCCUGCACGACGCCUGCCGCGACGCCUUCCGGCAUCUCUUCGGUGCUGCCCCGGCUCAAUCUUGGUUUCUUAUUGUUUUAUUCGGUGGUGUUUCCCCUCCUCUAAUGGGAGAGAUUCUUUGGUGAAGGUACCAGGGCCGCUGUAGCGUAUCAGAGCGAGGUUAGCCUCCAAUUCUCUCUAGAUCUCGUCAUCUCUCUCUCUCUCUAUAUCUAUCUAUCUAUCUGCCUAUCGGUCUUUUUUUUGUUUUCGAUCGAGUCCCCUUUUACUUUAGCAUCCGGUUAUCGUUUCUAUAUUUCCAAAUGGGAGAAAUGCUUUGGAAACCGCGAGAAAACCUGGAAAUAGGACUGUGCUCUCAUCGGAUUAGAGCAGUGCAUCUUUGUUACGGGGGUGCGCAUCUUGUUUAGUCUCUUGUAAGCCAUGCAGAUAUCGACUGGAUUUGGAUAACAUGCUCCCCAGAUUAAGGUUCAACUUCCUAGGGGAUUCAAUAUGUUCUAUGAUACUCCUCAUUCUUUCUCAUUGCUAGAAUAGUAUCGAUGGAACAAUUCUCUUUCACACUGGAAAUGUUUUUUUGUGGUUUUCUAUUCAUUAUCCUUGUCGGGAUUAUUUCUAUUUUUGCUUUUAAUUUGCAUCGCAACGUGUGUGAUCUAAAAAGCUCUUUUUAGUAUAAUCUUGCAGACGAAGCUUGUAGGCCAGACACUUUACUAUCUAUUAACAACAGGUUCAGGGCAGCAGACCUUAGGAGAGGAGUACUGUGACAUCACUCAGGUUUGUGCAAAGUAAUUUUCCUCAGAUGAUUUUACUGUUUCAACUCCGUGCCACUCCCUUCACCUGCCUCUAUUCCAGUGAAAAUAUAGCGAGAAAGGUUCCUAGAGAGAGGGAGAGAGAGAGAGACUGCUUUUAGAGGCUGAGCUGACUAAGACAAAGCAGACCUUUCUCGAAGUUCGUGUUUUAAACCUCUAUCUCAGUGACAUGCAAACGUGAAAUUCUUCUGAAUACGAUAAAUAUAGUUCAAGAUCCUCUUCUGCACGAAAUGCCCUCAUAAUUCAUGGGCUAUGAGCGUUUAUUUUUGGUCGGGGGAGGGUACUGAAAGCAGACCUGAAUACUAUCCAGAAAAGGACAGAUGUGACAUUUGAGAAUCGCAGCAGUUCAUGACAUCGAAUCGAUAUUUCCUAUCUGAUGUCCGACAGCAGUGGGACAAAACCUCUCUGAUCUUUUUGGACAGUCAAAACAUGUGUUACAGGCUUUUCGUACUGUGUUCUAUUAGUUUAACAUUUCAUAUGGGUUCUGGAAUCUCUUUGAUGCUACAACAGUUCUAAUGAUCUGUAAUGUCUGUGUCUAGGUUGCAGGUCAACAUUCACUACCUCCAACUCCUGCAAAACGUGCCCUAUUCAUCAUAUAUCAGAGUGCAAUUCCUUAUCUUGCAGAACGAAUAAGGUUCGUUCAUCUAUUGGGCAAUCAUAUAAAUUGUUUUCUUUUUUUGCUCUUUACACAAUCAUUCGCUUCCAUUUGUUUACCAACACCGAAUUACAACCUUAUUGUAGUACAAGGAUGGCAGCCCGAGGGACACUAUUGGCAGAAUCUAUGGAAGGAUUCUAUGGAAGCAGUAAUUUGGAAAGCAGCCAAAUUCAAACUUCUUAUGGUCCUGGAGAUGAUCAUUCAUCUUCCUCCACUGUCACCAUGCCUGUAGCGUUUCUUUUGAAGCUGAGGACAAAGUUCUAUGGAGUUUGGUUGUGGACAGUCCAGAAGUGGCCUUCGGUAUUCAACAAUCUUUUCGUUUUUUCACAAUACAUAAUUUGCAGCUUAUGACCAUGUUGAGGUGAAAACGAGCUUGUGCUGCAAAAAACAGAUUAAUUACCUAAGUACAUUGCAGAAAAGAGGUGUUUAUCCUAACUCUGCCUUGUUUCACAUAAACCUCGAGUGUUAGGACAAACCUGGCCAUUUUCCAGGUCCGUUCCCAGUUCCAUGUUUUUGUGAGGUGAAAUGCCUGUUAUGGACACGCCCUCCUUUUUCUCUAAGAGAUACAAAAAUGAUAGUUCUGCCUUGAGUGUUGGAGCUGUAGGGAUUUUAACUUGUCUAUUGAAUUCAUUCUUACCAUGAUCCUUACAUUUCCUCUUGUCACUUGCCAAAGUUUCAUUUUAAUUUUUUUCUUUUGUGGACUUUCUACUUUUCUAGGCCCUCCCAUAUGUUCGAGAAAUCCUACAGUUAGUUCUUCGCACCAACCUUAUGUUUUUCUACUUUGAAGGUGAUUUUAAUUCUACAGAUCCUUUAUGUCAAAUACUUAUCUUCAACUUGUAUCUUAGUCUGUUUGCUCUCACUACCAAUUUUUAUAAGACUCAUGCAUGGACACAUGGAGAAUCCAGAUUUUGUAGCAUAUUUCUAUACUGAAUGAUUCACUAUCCUUUUUCAUUGAAUUUCCCAGGUCUGUAUUAUCAUAUAUCUAAACGAGCGGCAGGAAUUCGUUACGUUUUCAUUGGGAAGCCUUUAAAUCAGAGGCCUAGGUAUAGGUUUAUUCUCAUCGUUUCUAUGUUCUUAUCUAUAGUCAGUUCAUUCAACAUUCUAUUCACUGAGACCAUAGAUUCUUAUCUAUUGUGACUAAAUAUUUGAUGCAUCCUGCACCAUACGGACCUGCUUUUUUUGGCAUUGGUAUAACCAUGAAGUGGUGGAUCCGCGAGUUGUCUGCAAAUUCUGGAUUUUGGGUCGCGCAUUUCUCGAAACUAAAGAGAGCUAGUCGCAAGUUUGGAACCGAAUGUCAUCAGGGGACUAGAUAUCACAUUCUAUGUGUGUCUCUUAUUUAAAAGAAAAGCGUUUUGGCCUUUGGUACUAUCUUGAUGAAAGUGUAUGUGUCUAUUUCCAUCCCUUUUGAGACUAUUUAGAGGAAUAUAGGCUUGAUAAUGAUUGCCUAUGUGCUUGUUCAAAAGGUUUCCUGACGUACAGAAGACCAGGAGGAACAAAAUGUGCCUUAGAUCCUCAAGGGAGAUAGAUGGAAAAUCUUAGUCAUCCUGAAAAUUUUCAUCUUGUGCAUUGCGUACUUCUUUAAAUUGCACAAAGUGCUUAAAAAUCACCGGAUAGUGGGAUCUGUUUAGAAAUCUGCGGACAGAUUUGACCUCCUACGUAAAAGGACAUAGUUACUAAAUUGAUUAUUAGUGACAGAGAACCCAUCUUUGGAAUCAGACUUGACCUAUAUUGAAGGAAAACGCAUAUUUGGAAGCAGACUUGACUCCCGUUAAAAGAAAACCGCGUUUUCGGCCUUAUCUGAAGGAUUUUUGCUUUGUCUUCCACGUUUUACCCUUUUGGGCUUGUACGAUUUCUGUAAUCUUGUUAUGCAUCAUGUUACGCCAAGAAACUGAUUUUCAAGUUCCAUACCUAUGAGCCUCCUCUUGUGCAGAUUUUUUUUUCCUCGAGCAAGGAUUGCGAUAAUCCAAAAUAUCUUGUUAAUAAUUUUGAGCUGUCUGUUUAAUUAUUUUUCAAUAAUCUGUAUAUUCUGCCUCCUGUUACUAAGUUCCUGCAUUUUAUUUACAAAAUAAGGAUUUAUACAUAUCUGAAAUUACCUUUUUUAUUCAGAUACCAGAUCCUGGGUGUCUUUCUUUUAAUUCAACUAUGUAUUCUCGGUGUCAAAGGGCUGCGCCAGAGCAAUUUAUCUUCUAUUGCUAGUUCAGUUCAUCAGGCAUCACUGGGAGGUCGACAAUAUUCAACAGGUUAUCCAGUUGAUUUACAAAAUCUGGCAUGUUCCUCUAUUUAGUGUUAACUUAUAGUUAUACUAUAUGCAAUUCCAUGUUGUUGGAAGCUCCUGCUGAUGUUUGGAGUGGACUUACUGUGAUUAGUUCAAGCUGGUGCCAAGUUGACCAGUGUCUGACCUAGCGUUAUUACUUAUUUUAUCUAUAGGUAGAUUGCUUAGUCAUAAAACGUUUGUUUUCAUGUAUGGGACAAACCUGUAAACCUUUGAGCAUGGUGCUCCUUUUCCCCCUUCCUAAUCAACAUUAUAAUCCAUGAUCCACACAGGUGGAGGCCUCCCCAUUCUCAAUGAAGAUGGAAUUGCCAUCACAGGUUCAAAUGACAGCAGGGGUAGCUGGGCGGUUGAUUCCAUGCCUGCCUCGGAAGUAUGCUUCUUUCGUUGUGUCCACUAAUUUUGUUGUUAACUUUGGGUUACCUCUCAUGAUCUGUUGUUCUGUAUUCAACAAGAAUUUGUGUACUUAGCAAUGGAUGCUGCUCUUUUUUUCUCUUCUUUUUUUUCUCCAGUCACAAGCAUCAGUUGGUCUGAGCAAAUGUACCCUCUGCCUCGGUUCUCGUCAGCACCCAACUGCAACACCCUGUGGUCAUGUCUUCUGCUGGUACUCUAACCCCUCCUCUCUUUCCUCCUUUAGGAUAGGGUCCAUUUUUCUUUGAACUUUAAUGAUGAUUUCCCUGUUAAUGCUUCACAUUUUUGGCAAGUUUACCCAUAAAAGGAAUCAUAAACCUUCGGAAGGGAUUCAUGCAUCUAAGUUUCUUUUCAUCAAUCAUGAGGAAGGACCAUAGCAGAAAGUGGCAUAAAAACAAUAAUACAAAAAAAAAAUUGUGAUAUUUGAUGAUCUUCUCAUGUGGGAAUGAUAUGAGGACUCACCACACAAAUCUUUCAGCUGACGAUGGCUGGGAAUGGAACUGGAAAUCUGUUAAAUUCGAUCAUUCCUCAAGAAGAUGGAUUUUAUUCAACUUGGGGAAGUCAACGCUGGAAAUUGUCGCAGGAAUUAUAGGGCCCGGUUGGAUGCAAGUGAAUUAUAUGGGUGAUUUGCAUCGAUUUAAGGUUUAGGGAGCUCUGAAGAAUGGAGUUUACAGCUCAUGAUCUCUAAGGACCCUAUGACUUGGACGGGUUAACUCAUUCCACUAUUGAAAUUAUCCUUUUGUUUUUCUGUCGGGCGAGCAUCCCCAAUGCGCAUCGAUCUCUGUGGGGUCAUAUAGUGGCAGGUGAUUGGCAUGACGAUGAUUUGACCAGAGCAGAUAUUGGGCCGCAGAAGACACUUAUCUCAGCUUUUAUACUCUUUGUGGCAGUUUGUCUUAUAUCUAAAAGUUAGCAGUGAGAUAUUCUUGAUUUGGCUCUCUCUCUCUCUCUCUCGUGUUGCAGGAACUGCAUCAUGGAAUGGUGCAAUGAGAAGCCCGAAUGCCCACUCUGCCGCUCGCCAAUUGCUCACUCGACUCUAGUGUGCAUAUAUCAUUCGGACUUCUAG